AGCUGCAGAGUGCGGAAUUUGAGGCCCGGGGUCUGUGCUCGGCAUCUGCGGUGGAAGUGUGUCCUGUUUCAGUCCGUGAGGGCACAAAGUGUCGAACUGCUCCUUUAAACUCUGAAAGUCUCCUUUUCUCCGUGUGAACUCCUCCUCCUCUGCGCGCAGAUAGGAUCAACCUGUUGUGCCUGAUCCUGGAUCAGCUCAGUCCGCGGCCCCGUGCACCCGGCUCCGGUGAACUGAUCCGGGGCCAGUGCAGGUCCCCUGCUCCUCCAGCCUCCACCCCCGCAGUCUUUUCCUUCCACUCCACUUGAGUGCAGCCCGUCUCCGUUCCCACGCCUCCAGUGAUCGUCUUGAAUCAGCAAACUGCGCGAUAUGCGGAAACGAGCAGAGUAAAACCGCAGCGGUGUGCGGAAUUAUGCACGUUUCAGAGCGGACUAACGAUGCAGGGAUCACCGUGGGCAGGCCUUCCACUUUCUCCGCUGGAGCAGUAACUGCACACAGGGGACAUGAACUUUUCGGGCUUGCUUAUUAAGAUGUCGACGGUCCGUCCGUGAGGGAUUUAAAAUUCUAGUUUCAUGUUUGGUGGGACGGGGUGUUUUAAAAUCAUUGAAGCAUCUGUGGCUGAGACUUUGCUUUUGUAAGGAGGUUUUUCUUGGAGGAGCUCGGCUGAAGGAGGACCGCGCUCCUCAGGAAUUCGACGCCUGAAGCUGAAGUGUCCGUGAACGCCGCACGGAGCUAGCUAGCAUGUAAGCUAGCUGUUGGGGGAGUUUUCUGUUUAUUUAACGGUUUAAACGGAUAGAAAAAGCCGUUAAGUUGGCGUUAACGCUGACUUUGAGGAGGUCCCGCACAGUUGACCUUAGCUAACUACUUUCCUGGGAGAGGGCUUCGGUGUUCCGGGACUUUUGUGUACUAACUGCGAGUUAGCCCUUAAGUCGCUUCUAGUGUUAGCCGUCGUUAGCGUCCAGCCAUGCCGCAGCUGAGCCGGGAGGACGGCGACGACCUGGGAGCCAGCGACGAGCUCAUCGCCUUCAAAGACGAAGGUGAGCAGGAGGAGAAGCGCAACGUGUCCGCCGAGCGAGAUCUGGACGACGUCAAGUCCUCCCUGGUCAACGAGUCAGAGACCAACAGCAGCUCGGACUCAGAGGCAGACCGGCGCCCCGAGCCCCGUCCAGGUGUGGUGAGCAGGGGCAGGCAGAGCCAGCUGAGCGAGGAAGCUCUGAGGAAGCAGCAGCGUGAUGGAGGCGUCCUCCAGCCCUCCCCCUACGUCGGGUACCCGUUCUUCAUGUUCCCUGACCUCGGGAACCUCUGCAGCCCGUACCUCGCCAAUGGAGCCCUGACGGCAGGUGCCCGAACGUACCUGCCCUUUCAGUGGCCACUGCUCGACGUCCCAGGAAGAGCAUCCGUCAGAGACACAGCGACUCCCUCACACCUGUCCAGCAGUGUGCCGAUAGUGCAGCAUCCCCACGUGUCCCACCUCCACCCACUGCUGUCCUAUAGCCCCGAGGCCUUCUCCCCACCGAGGGCCUCACCUGGCUUCUCUCCUGAAGCAGCAGGGGUGUCCCGGUCUCCUCACGCCUCCUGCUACCCGGUCUCCCCUGGAGCCAUGCCUCAGAUCCCACACCCUCUGGGAUGGCUGCAGGGCCAGCAUAUGUACCCCAUGGCCGGGGGCUUCUCGCCGGCAGCACUCGCCAUGAACGCCUCCAUGUCGAGUCUGGUGUCGAGCAGCUUCUCUCCUCGCUUGGUGCCCACCCCUCAGUUGUCCGUCCCCCACCCCGCCAUCGUCCGCACCGGAGUCAAGCAGGAGCCUGAAAGUGAUAGCUGCAACGGAGGCGGGGACAGCAGCGUUCAGCCAAGGAAGGCGACGCCUGAAACAAAGCGCGAGGGCGACGAGGACAAGAAGCUGCACAUCAAGAAGCCGCUGAACGCCUUUAUGCUGUACAUGAGGGAGGAGCGGCCCAAAGUGGUCGCCAUGUGCAAAGUCAAGGAGAGCUCGUCCAUCAACCAGAUCCUCGGACAGAGGUGGCACUCACUGACGAAGGACGAGCAGGCCAAAUACUACGAGCUGGCACGCCAAGAGAGGCUCCUGCACUCCAAGCUUUACCCCGGCUGGUCGGCCAGAGACAACUAUGGGAAGAAGAAGAAGAGGAAGAGGGCGAGGAUGGAGAUGAAGCUCGAAGUUGCCGCGGCGGCACCGUCAGACAACUUCCCCCCGCAGCUGAAGAGGCCUCGUAUCUCCGUGGGAGCCGAGGACCCACCGCCGCCUCCACCGCACACACAGACUGCACACGCGCGCCAUCACCUGACGCAGCCGCACACCGUCUCUCACCUGACACACACACACCUGUCACAGGCGAGCCCCGCCUCCUCCUUGGACUCUCCCGCGACUCCCACCACGUCGCUGGCCUCGCCCGCUGCCCCGGCGCCGACGCACACGGAGCACACACACUCGUCGUCCUUCAGUGGGCACACGUCACCGUACCCCGAGCAGCUGCAGCCGCUCUCCCUUACCACCAAGCCCCAGCGGCCACCACUGUCCCUGAACCGCGCCACCAUCACCACGGGCCCCUCCACGCCCUCCUCCAACACCGCCUCGUCCCCGCCACAACGGCCCCCUCCUCUACGCUCUCAGCCUUUCCUGGCCCCGCCUCCUACCUCUUUGAGCUCUCACGGUGCCUUAACUCAGCAGCUCCGAAGAACCAAUCAGCCGUGACGAACGGCGUGAGAAACAAAUAAAUUCUGACCUCGUUUUUACCGCCACUGUUUUUUAUGCUCUUUUCUAUCCGUGUCAUGUUUGUACGAGAAUAAAAGGACGUGUAAUUGGUCAAUAUUUGACUGCACCUCGGACUCCAAGGAACUAUUUUUACACUUUUUCAGGAAGUAACGGUGAGGGGGCGGGGCUUAGUUUGUUUAACAUGCUUUUUUUACCUGGUAGUUUUGAGUGUAAACAGAUUUCCUGUUUCCUCCUCUUUGUCAAUAAACCUUCACUCAGCUCUCACCUGAAGUUUCAGAGCUCUCUGUGUGCAGCGUCCGACGGGCUCUGACUCUGGGGUGAAAGAUCAUCAUCGAAACAUCACGCCCCAUUGUUUAUAUCUCAUUUACUGUUUGCAGCAGAUUAUCCGAGUCCCUAUGGAAUCAGAGUCAGGAAUAUUUUGAAAGAAUCAAGCCUAGAUAAUGUCCGACAUUGACGUCAUGAAUUAUAAAGAAAACGAGCUUCAUCUCUGAGACUAAACAAGAAAAAUAAAGGUGCACACAUACACGGUACUUUACUACACGCAGGCUUUUUCUUUGUUGCUUCCAGAGUUUCAGUGUUUUAUGUGUGGACGAAGGAAAAAGAAAACUUGGCCUGUGUGCCGUGUUUUUGGAUCAAGCUGAAUUGUUUCAUGGAUAUAGUUAUGUCACCACCUACUGCUCUGUCCAGCUCCACAGACCUUGAGGUUAUUUUUUUUGUUUUGGUUUUAUGAGGACAAAAACAUUUUCCAAAACUAAUUUGGGAAAAAUAAUAAACUCGUGUACAUGUGGUCAUAGCCUUGAUUCCACUGACGUUAAUGUCUUGGAAAGAUUUAGGAAAUAGGUUUUGAGAAACACUCGGCAAAAGAAAAUAUACUUGGAAAAUCCAACAUUUAAAUACAGGAAUUUAUCACAAAAAAAGGGCGACUCUCAGGAAGUAACUGUGAGGGGGCCCCAAUAAUCUGUGCCACAUUUUAACAGUGGCUGUUAAAGUGUGGCAGAUGACAAAAAAGGUAGA